AUGCCGGGGAAACAGGAGGUUCUGAAGCUGCAUGAUGUCUGGCGUACUUGCAAUAAAAUACGAGCCGCCGUGUUCCGCGUCGGACUCGAUCUUUGGGAGUAUUACAGGCCCCUGGAUCCCGACAAACGUUGCUUAAUAUCAGAGUCCAAAUUUAUCUCUGUUUUGGCUGGACCACUGAAGGGCGUGAUUGGCUUAGCGGACAGAGAGAUCUGCGACUUGGCGGAUUAUUUUCGUGUUCAGGACGGCCGGAUUCUUUAUUCGCAAUUUUGCGAAGUUAUUCACGACAGCGGUACGAACGGUUUUUUUUUUUAUGUAAAAUGUAUUUUUAGAAAAUUCUCGAUAAUUAUCGUUUCUCGAGCUUACACGGCAAAUGUCAAAAUGUUAUCUCUUGAUCAAAGCGAAAUACCUGAUUUUGGAAAGAACAAGACCCUCGUAACUGGUUUGGAAUGGGAGGAACCGUUGCAUGUGAAUGUUCUGAGCGGCACGGAGACACGAAAAUUGAAUUUGAUAAUCACUCAAAUCGCCGUCUUGGUGAGCAAAAGGAAAAUUGUUCUUCGGCCAUACUUUCAAGAUUACGAGCUGAUUGCGAAGAAUGUCGGCACGGUUACUCUCGCUCAUUUUGGUCGGAUUUUAAAAUUUCUGGGCAUCGUCCUUGGCGCUGAGGAGUUUCGUCUGCUCGUGAAGAGAUUUGCCAAAGACGUUUACACUGUAAAUUAUGUAGCGUUCGUGAAAGCUGUCAAUGAGGUCCAGCGCUAUUUUGAUGAGCAUGGAAUGGUGGAUCUCGGCGGGGAAUUGUUGGAUCAAUUUCCCGGUAGAAUAAUUACGGUUGAGCUGCCGAAACUCCCACGACCGGAAAUUGGUAAGAUCGCGCCCAGUCAAGUGUUCGGUAAGCAAACAGUGUUUCAUCCGGUAAUAGAACGGACGAGAGAGACGAUGUCUACACCAGAAGUCGUUAAACGCAUCCAGAGACACAUUCUCGAGCAUCGCAUACGGAUCCACGAGUUUUUCAAGGGUUUCGAAUAUCUGAAUGUCGGUCGAGUGACCGUUUCGCAAUUUCGAAGAGCAUUGGACGCUCUUCAGAUAUCGUCCUUGGGCCGUCUCUGGUUGGUCGAGCCGGAAGUCGAUGCCCUGAUCGCGCUUUACAAAGAUCCAGAGGAUCCCGAUCGCGUGUGUUGGCAUAUGUUUGAGGAUGAUAUAGAUCGAGUUUUCACCGUGAAAGGACUUGACAAAUUGCCAAGCUUAAAAGUGGAAUCACCGCCUCAAGAAAUAGCUGAAUUACCUCUAAGGGGCACAUCAAAUUGGCAGUGCCAACCGAGGAGCGUGAGAGAUCUUUGUGAAGAUAUCUUGCAGAGGGUAAGGCAGCGAGUUGAAGAGAGGCGAGUUCUCUUGAAGCAAUUUUUCAAGGAUUACGACAAACAUAAUUGCGGUCACGUGACGCGAGCUCAAUUAAGACAAGUCCUUAUCACGGCAACCAUACUCUUGUCUCCGGAGGAAGUGUUUGCUUUGGAGCAAAGAUACAAUGACGAUCUGGGCUUCAACUAUACUCGGUUCCUGCAGGAACUGGAGCUCCAGCCGAUCGUAGAACCACUGUACCAUCGCAUGUUGGGGGAUAAAAGGAGACUUAAUGCUGAAAAACCACCGUCUGAACCUCACGAGGACGAGACUAACAUUGUAUUGAUCUUGGCUAAAAUUAAGGCUAAAGUCGUGCGCGAAAGAAUCAAAGUCCUCGAAUUUAUGUGCCAAUUUGAUAGACUUAACCAGCUUGUUAUUGCGAAAUCUGAUUUUAUUAGGAGUCUUGAUCAGCUACGCUGCGAUUUGACAACCGCCGAAGUAGAUACGAUUACAAAAGUUUUCCAGGCCUCCCUAAAGCCCGACUUCGUCGAAUACACGAAAUUCGCAACGGUCGUGGAAGAAGCCGUUACGACGGGGGGCUUGGAAAAAGUUCCGCUCGUGAUCCCCUUACAACACGUGCCCUCCGAGGCAAGCGGCAGAACCUUUAUGAAUUUCGACGAACGACAGACGGUAGCAAUCGCGAUGGAUAAACUGUGCCAAACGCGGAAGCCGAAUCUGGAGGAGAUUUUCAAAGACUACGACAAAGUGAAUACCGGCACGGUUUUCAAGGGACACUUGAUUAGAACAUUGUCGGCUAGGCGGAUGCUAGAGCUUAUCAAUAGUAGAGAGUUGGAUGCCGUUUACAAGUGCUUCUCCAUUGAAAGAAAUGGCCGCUUGGAGUUCGACUAUCGAGCUUUCCUGCGCGCUUUGCACCUGCUACAAGACAACAAAAAAAUCUUGCCCUUUUAG